AAGAUAACCUCCAGCUUCCUUUGACGACCUCCGGGACGAAGCCAGACGAAGCCACGACAUUCUUUCCUUUGGGACUACCGUCAACUAACAGCAACCAUGCCUGGACUGAUACCUUUGAUGCUCGCCUCGGGCUCUCGGACGUGUAGCGCGGGCCCAACUCAGUCUUUCCUUCGACGCCAGUCAACGGGUUACUCGCCCGGCUCAACGAGCCCAACGACGCCAAUUACCCCAACGGUACCUACGGUACCUACGUACGCUGUGAGGCUGAACCCGCACAAACGCUCGUCACUUCCCGCCCCAGCGCCAGCUCCAGUGAUACCCUGUACGAAGGCAGAAUGGAAGAAGACGAUCGCCGAAGUCAAGAGGAUGUAUUUUGGCAAGCGGUACCGGGCAUGCUCGGCGAGGUGUCUCGAGGUCCUUGAGAGCAUUAAGGAUACGUCCCAGGUCGAGCCCGUAUAUCUCAUCUACCUCCAUUUCUACGCGGCCACGUCUUUGGAGAUCUGCGCCCGUCCGCUUCCAUCCACUGCCGCGUUCCGGGCCACGCUCCUGCAGCAGGCCUACACCCACUUCGACCGGGCCUCGGCGCUGAUCAAUGCCGCCGAGGAGUCUCUUCUGCGAAAGUUUCGCCCCGGCUCCGUCGGCUCAACACGCUCCUCCAGCUGCCAUUCGCCCUCCGGCUCGAUCAGCUCGCGAGCAUGGACCCCCGACACCUGCAUUACGUCGCCAACCAACUCCGUCUUUUCCUUCCACGAUCCCGAUCGCAGAUCCUCUCAUUCACUCCACGGGCACGGCAAGAAAGUAUCCUUCUCUUUCUCCGAGAAUACGCCCCUUCAUGCCGGCCCAGCAGAGCCCAUCAUCCGUCCGGAUUCGCCCACGCUCGGCUUCGAAGACGCUUUCUACCACCAGCCCGGCGUAUCAGCAGCAGCAGAAGCAUCCCCGCCAGAUCUCCGGCCAAUCAAGUUCCAAGAGGAGAUUGAGCUGCCCCUGCCGACAGUGCCAGAGCACGAACAAGAAGAGGAACGAGAAGAGGGAGACGAGAGCGCUUACCACGUAGCCCGCGCCGUCGACCGUUGCUGCGAGCACCUCUCCACCCUGCGCACACAGCUGGCGCGGCAUUCGGCCAGCCUCGCACAGCUCUUGGCUCAGCAGCCUACGCCAUCCCCUGAUGCCUCUUCCCCCUCGGCAACUACGACGACACAAAGGGGCUGCAAUGACAGGAACCAAGACCGCCAGGCCAGGAUCGAGCGGCUGCGCAAGAGCGGGUGGCAGCGCGAGCGGUUCGACCCGACCAAGUACGAAGAGUUGUGCGAUACCGUCUUGGCCGAGUUGUCAGGACAGGAUUAAGCCCGGGCGGGGGGCGAACGCAAAAAAAAAAAAAAAAAAAAAAAGAAAGAAAGAAAGAAAGAAAGAAAGAAAACGGAAGGGACUUUACUUUUCACGAAUUCACGAUGGGCAACAUUACAUCAUUCUUAAUUUAGACAGUUGAGAUAUACAUUCACGCAAUUGGGUGGGGCGCACGGGUUGGUUGCUUCGUUCCAUUGUAGGGUAAAAUGUACUUAAAGGGAGGGAAGGGUAAAAUUUCACCGAGAAUUCUCGAGGCCGACCCUGUUCUCUUGGUG